AUGACAGUAGAAGAAAGUGAUCAGGUGAUUUUUGUAACCGGUGGAUAUGAUCACACAAUAAAAGUCUGGCAAGCACACACUGGAGUAUGUCAACGCACCCUGCAGCACACAGUAUCACAAGUAAAUGCCUUAGAAAUAUCACCAAACAAGCAUACAGUCGCAGCGGCCGGUUACCAGAAUAUAUUUAUGCAAGACCUGGCAGCCAGCAACAACAGCAUUGCACUAAACUAUGAGGGAGCUUCAAAAAAUAUAACAAGUCUAGGAUUCCAGGAAGACGGCAAGUGGAUGUUCACCGGGAGUGAAGACUGCUCGGCGCGCAUAUGGGACAUAAGGUCAGGAACUUUCCAGUGCCAGCGUAUAUUCCAAGCAUCUUCACCGGUGAAUUGUGUUUGUCUGCACCCGAAUCAGUCUCAGCUGAUAGUCGGCGACCAGAGCGGAAUCAUUCACCUCUGGGAUUUGCGGUCAGACCGCAACGAGCAGCUGAUACCGGAGGCUGAGGCUUCUAUCCAGGAUGUCUGCAUCAAUACUGAAGGUACCUACAUGGCUGCUGUCAACAACAAAGGCAGUUGCUAUGUCUGGACAUUAACUGGAGGGAUAGAUGAAGAGAUAACUAAGCUCCAUCCUCAUCAGAAACUUGCUGCUCAUGAACGUUACGCGCUCAAGUGUAAAUUCAGUCCAGACUCAACGCUUCUAGUGACUACUUCUGCGGACCAGACUGCCAGGCUUUGGAAGACUUCAGAUUUCUCACCGUCAAUUGUCUUGCAACAUGAAUCUAAACGCUGGGUUUGGGAUGCUGCAUUCAGUGCUGAUUCUCAGUACAUUUUCACUGCUUCUUCUGAUGGAAUUGCUCGACUUUGGAAUGUUAAUACUGGUACUAUUGAACGUGAAUAUCAAGGUCAUCAAAAAGCAUUGACUGCUUUGGCUUUUCAAGAUCAAGUUAUUUAA